CUUCUGUGACGAGGCCAUCAUUGCUUACGCUAUGGUCGAGACCAUAAGCCGGGAGGAUCCACCAAACUGGUAUUGCUGCGCCCCCAAGGAAGAAGACCGCAUUUGCCAUCAUUUCCCGGGGAAGCAGUUCACCAUGUAUGAAUUUGCUUUCCGUGAGGCGGGGAUUAGACUGCCCUUCAACUCCUUCCAGAUGUCGGUCUUCAAGUGGCUCCGGCUGGCGCCGUCCCAACUACAUCCUAAUGCUCUCGCAUUUAUGCGGGCAUUCGAGUUAGUUUGCCAGUUCCUCGGCAUUGGUUGCACCCGGGCUCUCUUCUUCCACGUUUUCCAUCUCCAGAGGUCCGGUUCCCGUGGUCGCCACAGUUGGGUUUCUUUCAAGCAGCCCGUGCGUCUGUUCAAGACGUACGAGGAUUCUGUUCGCCAUUUCAAAAACCGGUGGUACGUGGUGAUGCCGAUUACCCGGGCUGCCCUUCACUCUCUAUACUACUAUCAGCGGAAACCCAAUGGGGAGGAGACGCUGAUGUCGAAGAUACCGCUGAGGUGGCAGCGUGAUCAUUUCGAUCUCUCCACGGCGCAUUACCGAGUCAAGUAUGCGAUGCUCGGCGAGGAGGAUAGGCUCGCGUACAAGAAGCUGGUCGAUUACGUGCAGAGCUUCAGCUUGGGGUUCUGGGCGAAUCGACAGGGCGUGCCCUACCUGGAUGAGGCCGGGGAACUAAUCAUCGAGGCGCGUUAUAUCAAUACGAAGGCUCUGCUCGAGUGUGAUACCGAGGAGGAAGCUCUGGCGUUAUUGAGUGCCAUGCCCAAUGCUCGUGAUCGGGUGCUGAAGCUAGCGAAUCAGGUCGGCGCUCCUGACCGGGUGCCCAAGAAGAAGAAGAAAACUGUGGCCCGUCCCUUGGAGACUGCUGGCGAUGCCGGGGCUAGUCCCUCGCAGGCGGCGAGCGUGAUUCCUUCCUCUCCUCCUCGAUCUAACCCGAUCAACAUUCCUGAUAGCAGUCCGUCGCCAGCGGCUUCUCCCCUCCAUAAACGGAAGCGUCCGGCUGGGGCCCUUACCAGGUCGUCUCCAGGAAGUUCGAAUGGACCGGGCAGCUAUCUUCUACCUCCCUGCUAUGUGGAACGGUCGUUCUUCAAGGCCGAGGAGUCGAUUGCUGUGCCUGCGCCUGAGGCCAAGGCUAUUCUGGACCAGGAUGUUGCUGCCCGGAGGAAAGAUCUGGCCAGGGAUAUUGCUGCCGUCAUCCGGGUGAUGGAGACGGCCAUGGUUUUGACCGACACUUCGGUCUCCACCGCCUCGCUGGAGGAUGCCCUUUUGCAGGUUCGGACGGAGAAGGAAAGACUAUCUAAAGAUCUGUCGGACUACAAAGAAGAGCAUCAGCUGCAGGAAGGGCUGAGCCAGAAGCUGGAGGAGGUGGAAAAGGAGAUGGACCAGUUGAAGGCUGCUAAGGCGAGCUUGGAAGAGCAGGUGGUCGACCAUCAGAAGCUGACCGAGGACAACGCUGGCCUACGGGCUCAGGUUGAGUCUCUCGAGGGAAAGGUCCGUCCUCUGGCAGAUGAGACCGAGGAGGAACGCGCCCUUGGUUCGCGCGGUGAGCUGCUAGGGCAUAUUCGGACUCUCAACCAAGAUCUCGUGGCCUGCUUCAAAGAGGGUUUCGACAAUGCUGUCGAGCAGCUCGGGCUUCUGAACCCUGAGUUGGUGACAGUAGGGUCGGCCUAUAACUGCUGCGUCCGGGAUGGUGAGAUUAUCUGCCCGUUUGAAGCGGAGGAGGAGCUGGGGGGAGAAGAAGAAGAAGAGGAUGAAGAGGUGCUCCGAGCGGAGUCUUAGUUUAUUUGUUUUUCUUUGAUUUUAGUUAUCAUGGCCUGCGUGCCUUAUGUAUUUGGCCUUCGGGCGUUGUAAUAUGGCCUUCGGGCGUACUUGGCUUCGGCCGCUCUUAUCGUUUUUAAUGUAUGAAUAUUUACGUUAUCAUUCA